AGCCUGAGCCAGUGGAGGACUGUGUGCAGAGCACACUCGCUGCCCUGUACCCUCCCUUUGAGGCGACGGCCCCCACCCUGUUGGGCCAGGUGUUCCAGGUGGUGGAGAGGACUUAUCGGGAGGACGCACUGAGAUACACGCUGGACUUCCUGGUACCAGCCAAGCACCUGCUUGCCAAGGUCCAGCAGGAAGCCUGUGCCCAAUACAGUGGAUUCCUGUUCUUCCAUGAGGGCUGGCCCCUCUGCCUGCAUGAGCAGGUGGUGGUGCAGCUAGCAGCCCUACCCUGGCAGCUGCUGCGCCCGGGAGACUUCUACCUGCAAGUGGUGCCCUCAGCCGCCCAGGCACCUCGUCUGGCACUCAAAUGUCUGGCCCCAGGGGGUGGGCGGGUGCAGGAGCUUCCUGUGCCCAAUGAGGCCUGUGCCUACCUAUUCACACCUGAGUGGCUACAAGGCAUCAACAAGGACCGGCCAACCGGUCGUCUCAGUACCUGCCUACUGUCUGCGCCCUCUGGGAUUUCACGGCUGCCCUGGGCCGAGCUCAUCUGCCCACGAUUUGUGCACAAAGAGGGCCUCAUGGUUGGACAUCAGCCAAGCAUGCUGCCCCCAGAACUGCCCUCUGGGCCCCCAGGGCUUCCCAGUCCUCCACUCCCUGAGGAGGCACUGGGCACCCGGAGUCCCGGGGAUGGGCACAAUGCCCCCGCUGAAGGACCUGAGGGCGAGUACGUGGAGCUGUUGGAGGUGACGCUGCCCGUGAGGGGGAGCCCAACGGAUGCUGAGGGUUCCUCGGGCCUCUCCAGAACCCGGACGGUACCCACCCGAAAGGGUGCUGGAGGGAAGGGUCGGCACCGGAGACACCGGGCAUGGAUGCACCAGAAGGGCCUGGGACCUCGGGACCAGGAUGGGGCGCGCCCACCGGGCGAGGGGAGCAGCAACGGAGCUUCCCCUGAAUCUCCACCGGGAGCUGAGGCUGUCCCAGAAGCAGCAGUACUGGAGGUAUCUGAGUCCCCAGCAGAGGCCCUGGGUGAAGCCUCUGAAUCUUGUCCCCUGAGGCCAGGGGAGGUUGGAGGAGGAGCAGGCCAGGGGGCUGAAGGACCACCUGGUACCCCUCGGAGAACAGGCAAAGGAAACAGGAGAAAGAAGCGAGCUGCAGGCAGAGGGGCUCUUAGCCGAGGAGGGGACAGUGCCCCCCUGAGCCCUGGGGACAAGGAAGAGACCUGCCACCAGGAAGCCCUUGUCAACCUGCCCUCACCAAAUGAGCAAGAGCUUCCAGAAUGCAGCUUGGUUAAGGAGGAGCGUGAAUGCUCUGGGAAGACAGAAUCUGAGCCAAAAGAGGAGCUCAAACCAGCAAACGAAAAAGAACCCCAGCCCCCAGAGGCCCAUAGGCCUACAGAAGAGGGGGCCACAGAGAGCGAGCAGGAGGGGCCGAGCCUGGUGUGUAUGGCAGGGCACACAGGCCCAGAGGGACUCCUACCUGACCCCCCAACAUCACCCGUGGAGACUGUGCAGGAAGGAAAAGGAGACAGCAUUCUAGAAGAGUCCCCUCCAGUCUCUACCUCCGAUGACCCUGAUGUAGCUUGGGACCUGAUGGCAUCUGGAUUCCUCAUCCUGAGUGGAGGGGUGGACCAGAGUGGGCGAGCUCUGCUGACCAUUACCCCACCGAGCCCUCCUGAGGAGCCCCCACCCUCCCGAGACAUGCUGAGCACUGCUCUUCAUUACCUCCACUCACUGCUCAGGCCUGAUCUACAGAUAUUGGGGUUGUCCGUCCUGCUGGACCUUCGCAAGGCACCCUCACUGCCUCCAGCACUCACUCCUGUCCUGAGUCAACUUCAGUUCAGGGUUAUUCUUCUCUGCCCUCAGGACUCAGGAGAGCCUCCUCUCAUUCAGCGGUUGCUGAUUCUCACUCCUGAUGACCCUGCAACUGAACCCUAUGGAUUUCAGCGUGCUGAACUGCUGUUGGAGAAUGAUCUGAAAAGAGUAGCCAAGCCAGAGGAGCUGCAGUGGGUCUUAGGCGGUCACAGGGACCCUUCUCCCAGCCACUGGGUAGAGAUACAUCAGGAAGUGGUAAGGCUAUGCCGCCUGUGCCGAGGUGUGCUGGGCUCUGUGCGGCAGGCCAUUGAGGAACUGGAGGGAGCAGCGGAGCCAGAGGGAGAGGAGACGGUGGGAAUGCCUGAGCCCCUGCAGAAGGUGCUGGCAGAUCCCCGGCUGACGGCACUGCAGAGGGACGGGGGGGCCAUCCUGAUGCGGCUGCGCUCCACCCACAGCAGCAAGCUAGAGGGCCCAGGCCCAGCUACACUAUAUCAGGAGGUGGAUGAGGCCAUUCACCAGCUUGUGCGCCUCUCCAACCUGCACGUGCAACAGCAGGAGCAGCGGCAACGCCUGCGCCGACUCCAGCAGGUGUUGCAUUGGCUCUCAGGCUCGGGGGAGGAGCAGCUGUCAAGCUUUGCUGUGCCAGGAGACACUCUGUCUGCCCUGCAGGAGACAGAGCUGCGAUUCCGGGCUUUCAGCACUGAGGUCCAGGAGCGCCUGGCCCAGGCACGGGAGGCCCUGGCGCUGGAAGAGGAUGCUGCCUCCCAGAAGGUUCUGGAUAUCUUUGAACAGCAGCUGGAACAGGUUGAGAGUGGCCUCCAUAGGGCCCUGCGGCUACAGCGCUUUUUCCAGCAGGCACACGAGUGGGUAGAUGAGGGCUUUGCUCGGCUGGCAGGAGCUGGGCCGGGUCGGGAGGCUGUGCUGGCGGCACUGGCCCUGAGGCGGGCCCCGGAGCCCAGUGCCGGAACCUUCCAGGAGAUGCGGGCCCUGGCCCUGGACCUGGGCAGCCCAGCAGCCCUGCGAGAAUGGGGCCGCUGCCGGGCCCGCUGCCAAGAGCUGGACAGGAGGAUUCAGCAACAGCUGGGAGAGGAGGCGAGUCCUCGGGGCCACCGGCGGCGACGGGCAGACAGCGCCAGCAGCGGAGGGGGCCAGCGGGGCCCACACAGCCCCUCACCCAGCCUCAGCUCCCUGCUGCUCCCCAGCAGCCCAGGGCCACGGGCAGCCCCAUCCCACUGUUCCCUGGCCCCGUGUGGAGAGGACUAUGAGGAGGAGGGCUCCGAGCCGGCUCCAGAAGCAGAGGGCAGGCCUCCACGGGCUGUGCUGAUUCGAGGCCUGGAGGUCACCAGUACUGAGGUGGUAGACAGGACGUGCUCACCACGGGAACAUGUGCUGCUGGGCCGGGCCGGGGGGCCAGACGGGCCCUGGGGAGUUGGCACCCCCCGCAUGGAGCGCAAGAGAAGCAUCAGCGCCCAGCAGCGUCUGGUGUCUGAGCUGAUUGCUUGUGAGCAGGAGUACGUGGCCACCUUGAGUGAGCCAGUGCUACCCCCUGGGUCUGAACUGACUGCUGAACUUCGGGGGACCUGGGCUGCCGCCCUAAGUACCCGGGAGAGGCUUCGCAGCUUCCACCGGACACACUUCCUGCGGGAACUCCAGGGCUGUGCCACCCACCCCCUCCGCAUUGGGGCCUGCUUCCUUCGCCAUGGGGACCAGUUCAGCCUUUACGCCCAGUAUGUGAAGCACCGACACAAAUUGGAGAAUGGUCUGGCUGCGCUCAGCCCCCCGACCAAGGGCUCCAUGGAGGCUGGCCCUUACCUGCCCCGAGCCCUGCAGCAGCCGCUAGAACAGCUGGCUCGGUAUGGACGGCUCCUGGAGGAUCUCCUGAGAGAAGCUGGGCCUGAGCUGAAUUCUGAGCGCCAGGCUCUUGGGGCCGCUGUGCAGCUGCUCCGAGACCAAGAAGCCCGUGGCAGAGACCUGCUGGCCGUAGAGGCAGUGCGUGGCUGUGAGAUAGAUCUGAAGGAGCAGGGACAGCUCUUGCACCGGGACCCCUUCACCGUCAUCUGUGGCCGAAAGAAGUGCCUUCGCCACGUGUUUCUCUUUGAACAUCUCCUCCUGUUCACCAAGCUCAAGGGCGCUGAAGGAGGUUCAGAGGCCUUUGUUUACAAGCAAGCCUUUAAGACUGCUGACAUGGGGCUGACGGAAAACAUUGGGGACAGUGGACUCUGUUUUGAGCUGUGGUUUCGGCGGCGGCGUGCACGAGAGGCAUACACUCUGCAGGCAACCUCACCAGAGAUCAAGCUCAAGUGGACAAGUUCUAUUGCCCAGCUGCUGUGGAGACAGGCAGCCCACAACAAGGAGCUCCGAGUACAGCAGAUGGUCUCCAUGGGCAUUGGGAAUAAGCCCUUUCUGGACAUCAAAGCCCUUGGGGAGCGGACACUGAGUGCCCUGCUCACUGGAAGAGCCGCCCGCACCCGGGCCUCCGUGGCCGUGUCAUCCUUUGAGCAUGCCGGCCCCUCCCUUCCCGGCCUCUCGCCGGGAGCCUGCUCCCUGCCUGCCCGCGUCGAGGAGGAGGCCUGGGAUCUGGACGUCAAGCAAAUUUCCCUGGCCCCAGAAACACUUGACUCUUCUGGAGAUGUGUCCCCAGGACCAAGAAGCAGCCCCAGCCUGCAACCCCCCCACCCUGGGAGCUGCACUCCCACCCUGGCCAGUGGAGGGAUCUUAGGGCUACCCCGGCAGAGUCAUGCCCGAGCCCUGAGUGAUCCCACCACGCCUCUGUGACCUGGAGAAGAUUCAGAACUUGGCUACAGUCCCUCGUCCCAGCACAUUUUGGGCUGGGAUGGCAGUGGGAACGUAAUGGAGGACGGGGCGAGCAAGGAAUUUGUUCCCUCUGCUUCCUGGACAUAGAAGAGGGCUAAGGACCAGAGCAUUAACCUGCUGCCGCUAUCUCUAGUCUCCCUUCCCAGUUUGGUGCCUUUUCCUGCAGGAGCCAAAGCAGUCACUUGCUUGCCUUCACGCCCUGGAGGUGGGAAAUGAUCCCUCCUCUAGUCCUUCCCCAUCCUGGGCCACUGUAUCCAGGACAUUGCUGCCAUGGCAGCCUGUGUUCUCCUCUUCUUCUCACCCCUGACUCUCCCCGAGAAGACUCAUCUCUGCCAGGUCAAUUGGAGUUCCUGGUGACUCCAUUUUGGGGUGUCACAGGAAAUGGCGCUAUGCAAACAAUUAUAAGAGGGUGGGACAGGGAACUGCAGACUUUAUAUAUGUAAUUACUGUUAUUAUAAUACUAUUGUUAUAUUAAAUGUAUUUACUCACA